AUGAAUAACAUUGAGUUCUUUAACAAGCCACAUUUGAUAGAGCUGUUGGAACCAGAAGAGAAGGCCCUGAGGCACCAGAGGAGGCAAAAUGGUCUGAGAAAGACACACCACAUACUGUUCCCACGGCCCCACUCCCUGAGGCUUUUCUACACCAUGAUGUCCCGGCCCGGCCCCGGGGAGCCCCGCUACAUCGCCGUGGGCUACGUGGACGACACGCAGUUCGGGCGGUUCGACAGCGACUCUCCGGGCCAGAGUGCGGAGCCGCGGGCGCCCUGGGCGGGGCAGGUGGGGCAGGAGGACCUGGACGAGGAGACUCAGAACCAAAGGGACAACGCGCAGUGGCUCAAAGCGCUCCUGAGGGACCUGCGCGGCCGCUACAACCAGAGCGAGGACGGGUCUCACACCCUCCAGAGGAUGUUUGGCUGUGAAGUGAGCCCAGACCUGAGACUCCUCGGCGGGUAUGACCAGUUCGCCUACGAGGGCGCGGAUUUCAUCUCCCUGAGCGAGGACCUGCGCUCCUGGACCCCCGCGGACUCGGGGGCUCAGAUCACCCAGCGCGCGUGGGAGGCGGCGGGCAGGGCCGAGCGCGUCAGGCACAGUGUGCAGAGCAGGUGCUUCCCGUGGCUCCUCAGAUUUCUAGUUUUGGGGAAGGAGGUGCUGCAGCGCACAGAUCCCCCAAAGACACAGGUUUCCCUCCACGUCACCUCUGACCGUGAUGUCACCCUGAGGUGCUGGGCCCUAGGUUUCUACCCUGCAGACAUCACCCUGACCUGGCAGCGAGAUGGGGAGGAACUGACCCAGGAGAUGGAGCUGGUGGAGACCAGGCCUGGGGGGGAUGGAACCUUCCAGAAGUGGGCGGCUGUGAUGGUGCCUUCUGGAGAGGAGCAGAGCUACACUUGCCAUGUGCAGCAUGAGGGGCUGCUGGAACCCCAAGUCCUGAGAUGGGUGCCCCCUCCUCAGUCCUCUGUCCCCACCGUGGGCAUCAUUGCUGGCCUGGUUUUCCUUGGAGCUGUGCUCACUGGAGCUGUGGUGGCUGCAGCUGUGAUGUGGAGGAAGAAGUGCUCAGGGGGACAAGCAAUCAGCUACACUCAGGGUGCAGCGUCCCAGGUCUCAGAGCCCACUGGAGGCUCACAAGUGGCGCCCAACAGGGACCUGAAGGAGAAACCUCCCACUGAAGUGACGAGGUGACAGCAGUGGUCACGACUCCACAGAAGGAUGUGAGUAGAGGUGGGAAUUCCAGAUGGGGCAAUCUUCUUCAAGGCUUUCUACUUUCGCUUUGCUUCUGCAGCAUCUGCUUUCUCACCAUAGGGCAAAAAUACCCCUUAACCAGAUUCUAGAAUGUUUAACGGUAGUUGAAAAAUAUAACCCAUGGUUCCCAGAGGGCAGGUUGCUGGAUAUAGAAACUUGGGAACAAGUAAGAGAUAACGUGACACAGUCUUAUAAAUGGAGGAAGAAAUGCUUCAAGCUUUUCCUGUUAAUUAUUUGGGGUGGGGGGAGGCCAGGGUUUCUGCCACUAGAGUUUUGCCAUUUGUUUUUUUAAGAAAAAUAAAAAAGUUAUUUCUAAAAAAUGGUAUUCGAAGUUCAUUCACAAUUGUUAAAGUGAUAGGAAAUGGUUAUAAUAUGACUAUAUGAGACUAAAAGGUUUUUAUUAAAAUAAUGUAAAGCCACUGUGGUGGACAGGUGGAGGCUACCCCAGUCUCAGC